AUGCCUCCUCGAUCCAACCCAGGAGCUGGGGCUGCUAUUGCCGGCGCUGUGAUGGUCGCAGUUCCUGCUAUCGUCGCGGGCCCUAUUCUUGGUGCUCUGGGCUUUGGCGCCGCUGGUAUUGCUGCAGGUUCUGUCGCCGCUGGAAUCCAGAGUGGAAUUGGAAGUGUUGGCGCAGGAAGUCUUUUUGCAGUUCUCCAGUCUGCUGGUGCCGGAGGCUAUGGUGUUGCUGCUGUCCAUGGAGUCGUCCAAGUUGUUGGGGCUGCAGUUGGCAUCGGUGCUUGGCUUCGUGGUCAGGGCGACAAAGGGGGCGAUGAAAAGGGCGGCUCUGAUCACAAUGCUGAAGAUGGUUCUGGUGACUCUGGUGAUGAGAACAGCGGCGACAAGGAAGGACCCGAGAAGGACAACUCAACCAACAAUGAGCACUCGAAGUCGCCCAACUGA